ACACACUUUAGAUAAGGACAAUUAGCCACUGGCGAGACCCUGUAGGCAGAGAAGUUUAAAACAGGGAUUUAAUGAGGGUGCUCUGUGUCUUCCCUGCAGCCAUGCCCUCCAGCUCCCGCCCCCCCGCGUGCCUAGCCCUGGUGGCUCUCUUCUUAGCUCAGUUGCUCCAUCUCUCCUUUUCCUCCCAUGCUGGAGACAGGAGGCCCUUGCCUGUAGACAGAGCUCCAGGUUUGAAGGAAAAGACCUUGAUUCUACUUGAUGUGAGUACCAAGAACCCAGUCAGGACAGUCAGUGAGAACUUCCUCUCUCUGCAGCUGGAUCCGUCCGUCAUUCAGGAUGGCUGGCUCGAUUUCUUAAGUUCCAAGCGUCUGGUGACCCUGGCCCGAGGACUGUCGCCCGCCUUUCUGCGCUUCGGGGGCAAAAGGACCGACUUCCUACAGUUCCAGAACCUGAGGAACCCGGCGAAAAGCCGCGGGGGGCCUGGCCCAGAUUACUAUCUCAAAAACUACGAGGAUGACAUUGUUCGAAGUGAUGUUGCAUUGGAUAAACAGAAAGGUUGCAAGAUCGCCCAGCACCCAGAUGUUAUGCUGGAGCUCCAGAGGGAGAAGGCAGCUCAGAUGCACCUGGUUCUUCUAAAGGAGCAGUUCUCCAAUACUUACAGUAAUCUCAUAUUAACAGCCAGGUCUCUAGACAAACUCUAUAACUUUGCUGAUUGCUCUGGAUUCCACCUGAUAUUUGCUCUAAACGCAGUACGUCGGAAUCCCAAUAACUCCUGGAACAGUUCUAGUGCCCUGAGUCUGUUGAAGUACAGCGCCAGCAAAAAAUACAACAUUUCUUGGGAGCUGGGUAAUGAGCCAAAUAACUAUCGAACUAUUCAUGGCCGGGCAGUCAAUGGCAGCCAGUUGGGAAAGGAUUACAUCCAGCUGAAGAGCCUGUUGCAGCCCAUCCGGAUUUACUCCAGAGCCAGCUUGUACGGCCCGAAUAUUGGGCGGCCCAGGAAGAACGUAAUCGCCCUUCUGGAUGGAUUCAUGAAGGUGGCUGGAAGCACAGUGGAUGCAGUUACCUGGCAACAUUGCUCCAUUGAUGGCCGGGUGGUCAAGGUGAUGGACUUCCUGAAAACUCGCCUGUUAGACACACUCUCUGACCAGAUUAGGAAAAUUCAGAAAGUGGUUAAUACCUACACACCAGGAAAGAAGAUUUGGCUAGAAGGCAUGGUGACCACCUCGGCUGGGGGCACGAACAAUCUGUCUGAUUCCUAUGCUGCAGGAUUCUUAUGGUUGAACACUUUAGGAAUGUUGGCCAACCAGGGCAUCGAUGUUGUGAUACGGCACUCAUUUUUUGACCAUGGAUACAAUCACCUUGUGGACCAGAAUUUUAACCCCUUACCAGACUACUGGCUCUCUCUCCUUUACAAGCGUCUGAUUGGCCCCAAAGUCUUGGCUGUGCACGUGGCGGGGCUCCAGCGGAAGCCACGACCAGGUCGAGUGAUCCGGGAUAAACUAAGGAUUUAUGCUCACUGCACAAACCCCCAUAACCAUAAUUACGUUCGUGGGUCCAUUACGCUUUUUAUCAUCAAUCUGCACCGAUCAAGAAAGAAAAUCAAACUGGCCGGCACUCUCAGGGACAAGCUGGUGCACCAGUAUCUGCUGCAGCCCUAUGGACAGGAGGGCCUGAAGUCCAAGUCGGUGCAGCUGAAUGGCCAGCCCUUAGUGAUGGUGGAUGACGGGACACUUCCAGAAUUGAAGCCCCGCCCCCUGCGGGCUGGCCGGACACUGGUCAUCCCUCCAGUCACCAUGGGCUUUUAUGUGGUCAAGAAUGUCAAUGCUUUGGCCUGCCGUUACAGAUAAGCCAUCCUCACACCCACAGGCCACCAGCGGCCAGCUGGACUGCUUUCCACUUUUCUGCCCUAAUAGUGUCCUCACUUUUCAGACAUCUUCUUAGCAACAGCCCAGUCUCUUCUUCCCAGCCUGCUGGAAUCCACAUUGCACUCCAAUGAGACCAACUGUCAUAGUGUGAGGUUAGCCUAGGUAGGUCCCAUCCACCCAAAGGGAAAUGCAGCCUGCAUCUGUACCUAUAUUGGGACAGAGGUAUGUUUGUAGAGCUACCCAGAUCCAUGUACAUGCACCAUGAGAAAUCCAGGACAAAUCUUUCCAUACACCUCCCCAUGAUCUUGGCCACAAACCACAAUCCGCAGUCUCAGCCGAGGUGAGGAAGGAAAAACCCAGGGGCCUGUGAGCGCCCUAUCCUCUUCCUUGGUCUGUUUUCUGCUGCUGCCCUGGGUUUCCUGUCACCUCUCUCUUUCCCGUAGGGAUGUAAAUGGGUGAGUCUGCUCUAGCCUGCUGGAUGAGCUGUUUAUGUAAUUUCAUGGCUGAUGUGUGAGCGCAUGCAUCUGCGUUUCUGACAGUGGCAUCAAUCACCUACAAGUCCUCUGGGAAGCGGGUGCUUCAAAAGUAAAAUUCCAGUCAGACUCCGGAUUUUGUAAAAAGGUUCUAUUCCUCCUUGAAUCCGGAUUCCCCCUGGCUUGGAAUGGGAGUCAGGUAACACUAUUCAUGGAGUAGAGAGCAAGUUGUUAGGCGCCACCAAAAGCAAUCAACAUCCUUCAUGUUGCUCUAAGGAAGAGAGUUCAAGUACAGAGAGAAAACACACUGAACCA